AUGCAUGUGAAAGCACUUAUAGUUCGAGAUUACCGUCCAUCAAAACCGCCUCGACAUCCUACAACGGUCAGUUGUUCAUUACCUCGUCGAACGCGCCUACCUGUCAAUUUUCGCUUGGAUGAGAACGUAAAUGAAAUAUAUGGAUAUGGUAAUAAUAUGCUGGCAUUGCAUUGUGCUAAAUCUGUUGAAGCAUUAAAUCAAAGUACCUACGAACGAUUUGCUUCAGUGAAACAGCGAAUUAAUGCUUCAAAACGAAUUUCAAUGGAAGAAUUAGAACGAUUAAUGGAGCGGCAAGGCCAAGGCACUUCUCAGUUUCAACCUAUUCCUAUACAAGAAGAUUCGCUAUCAAAUGUAUAUGGUUUGAAGUUUAAUUCUGUAAAUGACUUGAAAAGAUAUAAAAAAGGUGGCCUGCAUCGGACAAUUUUGCCAUCUGUAACUGCAUAUGAUCAUUAUGCACCUUCUGCAAUGCAAAGCUUUAAUUCAUCACCAGAUCUGCAACGAUUGGUAAAUGAAGAGCAGCUGCCAGCUGUACGUACUUCUCUUCAUGAAGAUACAAUUCAGUGCGGUUCCAAUACUUCUGAUUAUUCAAGCCCAUCUAGGCUUAGUGAACGACCUAAAACUCCUCCACCAGCUCCACCUUUAUUGUACAAUUUUUCAAAUAUCUCUUCAUCUGCUAAAAAUUCCGCAGUUCACGUGAAUACUUUACCUUCUCAAGCAUCUUUACUGUCCCCUUCUGAAUCCACAAAUACCGUAACUUUAACACCAUCAUCAGGAAUAGAAACAAUGGCAUCACCACCACCACCACCUCCACCACCACCACCACCCCCACCACCACCACUACCACCUCUUCCACUUACACAGUUAUCUUUACCAUCUGCAAAAACAACAACAAAAUCAGUGUCUUUUAAAACUGAUCCACCAGACGAGCAAUGUGAAAGUAAGGAAAAAGGAAGUGGUAAAAUGAAUAACAUUGUGAUUAGCAGUGAAGCUUUAUCUGCAGUGAAGUUAAAGCCUAUUACACGACGUGAUCAAACAAAUUCUCCUGCAACAAUUCCGCGUGGAUUUGAUUGUGAUUUACGUAAUGCUUUAGCAAAAAGACGGAUUAAGGUAGCUCAAGAUAACAAAAGUGAUGAAACAAAAAAAGUUGUCUUUUCUCUUGAAAAUCGUCCAAUGGCAACAAUGAUAAGCAGUUAUGAUGGAUUAAGUUUGCGAGAAUCAGUUCGGCAGAAUGUUGCCAGUUCAAGUAAACGAGAAGCUGUUAAAUUAGAACACUCUCUCACAGGAAUUGGUUCCAAAAAAGAUAGUGGCUAUACAUCAUCACGAACUUCACUGGAGCCAUCUGAAUGUGGUGAAGAGAUGGGAUCAAUGGUAGGUGCCAGUGCAGUAGCAUCAGGAUCAAAUUUGAAAAGUGUAGAAGGUACAUCCAGUGAUUACUCGAAGCCGUCGUUAAACGAUGACAAUCAAUCUUCGUGUCAUGUUUCCUUAAUUAGUCAUCAGUUUGAAGAAAACUACGCUUCUGGUACAGCUUACAACAAGAAAUCAGUUGCUUUCACGAAACCACCACCACCUCAACCACUUCAACCACAACCAUCUCAAUUGUCUCAACCGUCUCAACCAUCUCAACCAUCUCAACCAUCUCACCCAUCUCAACCAUCUCAACCGUCUCAACCACCUCAGCCAUCUCAACCAUCUGCAACAGUUCAAAAGCAUCGAUUUCAGCAAAUUAACAGCGAUAAUGAUUUGAUAAGUUUGAAUUCUUCGUUUUCGAUGCCAUGCGGGCAGCCACCAUCGGAUAUUCAACAUCGAUCAGCAUUCACAUCUUUUCCACCCUCUCUGUCUUUAAGAAAAUCUUCGAUCACUCCAUCUGCUGAUUACAUUGAUGAUGAACCUGAUAGUGGUACAGGAGAUUCAGAUAACGAAAGUCAUAAAAACUGUCGGAACCAUACCUGUUCGCUUGUGAAUAACAGUAAUUUCAUUACUAAACAUGUAGAAGAUUGGACCACUGAUGAUAUUGUUGUAUGGUUGAAAACACUUGGUCUUUCGGAACAUUCACCGAAAUUUCAACAAUUUCAAAUAAAUGGUACUCAUUUGUUAAGUUUUGAUCGGUCAUUGUUAACACAACUUGGAGUUACUCGAAUUGCUCAUCGAUUAGUAAUCGAACAAUCAUUGAAAAGUUUGAUUUGA